AUGGGCCUUCCAUCUGCAGUACGGGAAUAUACCGAGUCCGUCCCCCAGUACGAAAGCAGCGACAAUGAUAGCCUGCAAUACACCACCGAAGUCGGUGGGAACACCUCCAAGGCCACGUACCAGGAGGCAUCCGGAGCGCCCGUCGAGGUUAAUUCCCCGCUGGGGUAUUCGGUCGGUUGGGUGACUGUGAUCUUCUUGAAUUUGAGUAAGAUGAUCGGAACGGGAGUCUUUUCAACGCCAUCCGCCGUCCUCAAAGGCGCUGGCUCCGUUGGUCUCACGUUGAUAUACUGGGUAAUUGGGUAUUUGAUGGCAUCUAGCUGCCUAUCGGUCUACAUGGAAUUCGCAUCGGCUUUUCCCAGUCGAUCCGGCUCGGAGGUUGUGUACUUGGAACAGUCGUAUCCCCGACCCAAGUACUUCUUUCCUACUGUAUUUGCGAUGCAGACGGUGCUUUUCUCAUUUAGCAGCAGCAAUGCCGUUGUACUGGCCCAGUAUCUCUUCAAACUUGCAGAUUCGGACUUCACUCCAUGGAAAUUGAAAGGUGUUGCUGUGGCUUGCUACACUGUCGCAGUACUGGUGUUGGCAUUUCAUACCAGAUGGUCGUUGAGACUGGCAAAUGCCAUCGGGCUAGUCAAGCUACUGACAUUGAUAUUCAUCGCGAUAACUGGAUUGGUGGUUCUGGGAGGUCAUACUUCAGUGAAAGACCCCAAAGCAAAUUUUAGGAAUGCCUUUGAGGGUACUGGCGCCGCGACAGCCUACGGAGCAACAAAUGCACUGACGAAGGUCUGGUUUUCUUUUGCGGGGUAUGAGAAUGCCUUCAAUGUUGUCAAUGAAGUUCGGAAUCCUGUCAAAACUUUGAAAUGGAGUGCUCCGCUCUCAUUGGGUUUGACGGCAGUUCUAUAUGUACUAGCAAACAUUGCUUAUUUUAGCGCUGCGAGCAAGGAGGAAAUCCUAGAGUCGAAGGUCGUUGCCGCUGGUGUCUUCUUCGAGAAGGUAUUUGGAACGGGUGGUGCGGCUUCGGCUCUGAAUUUCCUUAUCUGCAUGAGUGCUUUUGGAAAUCUUCUUGCUGUGCUUAUUGGACAGUCUCGUAUGCUGAGGGAGUGUGGAAGACAAGGUGUCUUGCCUUUCACUUCAUUUUGGACUUCGACCAGACCUUUUGGAACACCACUCGGUCCAUACUUGGUGAAAUGGAGCUUCACUGUGUUGAUGAUCCUAGCGCCGCCUGCUGGUGAUGCAUUCAGUUUCGUCGUGGAUCUCGGAGUCUACGCAACAAGCAUCUUUGGGCUGGUACUCACGAUAGGCCUGGUGGUCACGCGAAUUCGACGUGCGCGCCUUAAUCUCCCAGCACCGGAAUACACUGCCUGGCACAUAACUGUGGCAUUUGCGAUUCUCUCUAACCUCUACAUGGUCGUAAUGCCGUGGUAUCCUCCCAGUACUGGAGCGAAUGGUGGCGAUGUGAGCUUCUGGUAUGCUACAUAUUGCGCGGUUGCUCUUGGAAUGUAA